UGGAAGUAAUUCAACUUCAUGAUUCUAUAGAUCAGCAAGCAUCCUAUCGAUCGAUGGCGCUAUAGCUCCUCAUGGUAUCUCCUGAUGAAUGAGAGCCGCUGCUGUUACCUGUCUAACAUCUACCAACAGGAGAGAGACUCUCGUGUCCUCUGGAGAGGAAGUGAGAGGUACCCGUACCGAAACUUGAAGGGGAUGCUAAACUCUAAGUUUAAAGAAGGACACCCGAUAUAGGAGGCAUUGUACUCGUCGCAGCCGUCAUGCGUUCCAGGUGCUUUGAACGCUGAAAGCCAGUCAGGCUUGCAUCAAGCUGAGCUGCUACACGUUUUACUUUCCGCUCUUUUCGAUCUGCCAGAUAGAUAUAUUAUACUUCUUCUGAUAAAGUCGGUUUUCGCACGUGUAAUUUAACUUGCCUCAGACUUGGCACGUGUGAGUUACCAUUUUUUUGUACACAUGUCCCCACUGUACAUGUGUUAGAAGGCCUGUGACUCACCACGCGUCGCGACCCAUAGACAUACAAUAGCAGACGGGCGGGCAACGCGGAUACUCGGUGUGCCACUGUUUAAGUUUCACUAAUCAUUUUAUUUGAAAAAAAUCUAACACAGUUGGAUUAUGUGUAUCUUUUUUAUCAAAUAUUUUGUGGAGUAGGUGUACACCGUUUGAAGUAAAUUUUGUGGAUUAAAUACGGUGUGUAUGUGCAGAUAUUACUCUUUUUUACAAAGUUUUUAAAAGAAAAAUAAUAUAGUGGCUUUAAGAACUUUAAGGGUUUAAACUUUAAAGACAUAGACUUGGUGGUUCUUCGAGUUGGAGAGGAGGAUCCUUCACUGUAGGACCAUAUGAUAUUUUGAUUAUAUUAAUUAUUUCAAUAUUAAUAGUAAUAUAUGUAGUGCUCAGAAUCAAUGUUGGCAAGUUUCGCUAACUUCUGGUUAACUAUACCAAAUUGGAUGACAUCUGCGUGUAGUGUGUGAUGAACGAAGCCUCAACGUGAGCUCCGGUUUCUGCGAAGAAACGUGCUUUUUGAAGAUUUGUGCCGUUUUUGGGAACGAAGAUUCAAAGAAAAAUGAACGUGAAGAUGGACCAGACGAAGGAAACUAAGAAAAUGCCUCCAACAGGAGCGUUGCCAUCCAUUUCAAUGUCACGCACUACGGGAAAUUCCGUACCAUUAAGUUCAUUAGGAUGCAAAAAGAAAUCUUGGAGGCGGAAAGUGAUUCCUUAUCUAGCAUGCCUAGCUCCAUUUUCUACUAUCCUGGCCAUGCUUUUUAUCUGGGACCAAGUUGCCGAAUUCAGUUCCAGGAGGCAGGCCUUUGAUGCCAAUUUGACAAGAAAAUACGUCCUUGACAGAGUUUCGAUGGAUAAUCCCCAAUUGGUCUCAUAUAUACGUGAGGUUCAAUUAAAACCUACAUCUAAGCAUGGUCAAUCGAAUGUUACUCAGACCGAGGAAGAAAAAACAAUCGUUUAUCUGCUACAAGGAAAAAGAGAUGGAGUUUAUUUGGAGUACAUAAACAGGAUGGGAGCAAUUUCCACAACAAGCUGGUUGGAAUCGGAGUUGAAUUGGAGAGGAGUGAUGGUCCUGACAGAUCCCAAGAGCUCUUUUCAUGUCCAGAAGAGUAAGAGAAACCCAAGAACAAGGGUUCUUCACGCCUGUCUGAGCACCGACAAAGAUACCAAAGAGAUACCUUAUCAUCAAGAAAGUGAAGUGCAAGUUACCAAGCUAGGUGAAGGACCAAACAGCCUCCUCACACCAGAUGAAAGUUUUCCAACAACGAGAUUGAAGUGCUUUCCUUUAUAUAGUGUUCUUUUGGCCUAUAAUGCGACAACCAUAGAUUAUUUGAGUUUAGACAGUUCGGAUGCCCAGGACGAACAACAGGUUCUCGACACGAUUCCUUGGGAUAAAAUUCGUAUCUCCUUGCUGUCGAUUCACUGGAGUUCCCACCAUGGUGAACUUGAAACGAAAAGUCUGAUCGAUAAGUUGUCCAGUAGAAGGUACAAGCUUCAUCCUAAAUCAGAAAAUGGGAAGUUGAUGUUCCUGUACACUAGAAUGGUCAACAUUAAGAUAUAAUUCAAAACAUUGUUCACUAAGAUGCGCAAAUAAUGAUUUUUAUCGAGAAGUAGGCUAUAACCAUCAUAUUAAUAGUAUUAUUAAAAUAAUUUGAAACGAAGAACCUUAAUACGGAAAACCCUGUACGGGAUCCUGUAACUAUUCCUGUACGUGUUUCUUUGCUAGAACUAUGAUCAGAUAUCGUACAAGAAAUGUUAUAGGGUCAGCAUAAGAAAUUGAGACACGAACAGGUAUAUUGCACAUGAAUAUGUAGAGAAAUACGUAAGGGACGAAGGAAUCCUUACGGGAACAUUUGUACGUCCUAUGCGGCCGCGAACAAACAUUCAGGGGAUCCUGCAAAGAAUCUAGUACAGUUUUCUCCGUAUUGGAAAAAUUGUAAUGUCAGUAACUUGAUAAUGUGAAGCGACAUGGAUUUCAUAAAUUGGAAGAUCAAAUUUACUAGGAAGAGAGCUAAGUUCAAGAGCACCCUGGUGUAUUAGUUCCACUAGUGUUCAUGUACGGGAUCCUGUACAGGAGCCCUAGUGGAACGAAUCCCCAGGGUGCGCCACGGUUUAGCUCUCUCGCUAGUGAGUUGAAUCUUCAAGGGUAUAAAGAGAGACAAUGUAUCAAAGGUAUGUAUCUAUGCUCUUUUUUCAUUAAAUUUAGGAUAUUAAAUUGUUGCCGAUACGGAGGAAACCAUGCUAGAUUCUUUGGAGGCUCUCGGGCAUAUUCAUUCGCGGCCACUUAUAGGACGUGUAUACACGCUCUCGUGAAGGUUCCCUCGACCCCUGCAUUGUCCUGUACAAUUUACAGGUUCGUGUACAGGUCCUAAUUCUAGCAAAGAAACACAUACAGGGAUAGUUACGGGAUCCUAUACAGGGUUUACCAGCAGGGAAUUGACACUCCGCUAUGAAAUUGAAGCCCAAAGGGGAUUCUAACAUGCCUUAUAAUACUAAUUCCUCUUUACCGGAUAAACCAAAAAGAAAGACAUUUAUUUCAUAUGAUUAUAUCCUAGACUUUUUACAUCGAAGAUUUAAAAGACAGGGUUAAAUGUAUUAAGAACAGUAUAAAGAUUUUAUUUUUCAUAAGCAUAAACAAACCAAUCAAUACAAAUUGAAUUUUCAUGUGAACGCGAGUGAACACAAAGUGAUAACCAGUGAGCUAUUCUAAAUACUUUAAGUAUGGGCCUUAAUAGUGCGUAAGACGAAAUUUUUUGAUAGUAUCUGUAAUUUUUAGUAUCAUAAUUAUUAACCAAUCACUUUAAAGCUGCGCCCAAUUAUUAAUACAAAUCGAAGUAAUAAUUCUGUGACUGAUACUUAAAAGUAGCUUCCGUUAAGCUUAAGUUUAGCUUAUGUUAAGUAUUAAUAAAUAAUUUAAUAUAUUCUCUACAUGACGAUCGGCAAGUUUAAACAAUUAUAUAUUUUUGUUUAAGCACGUUAAAUAUCGAUCAAAAUUAAGUUCAAUUUCAUUAACUGUUAAAAUUGUUAAUUAGGUCGAUCGUCUAUGAGAGUUUUAGAUCUCUGAUACCUCUAGCGUAGAAUCAUACUUUGCUACGUGAAUUUUUUUUAUUUUAUCAUUCUUUUGUUAUAUGAAAUAUGUAUAAAACAUAAUACUGGUUAUUGGAUAUAUCCCGUUUUGUAGAUAGGUGAAUAUCUCACUCUUCUCAGUAAUUAUUUUAUAAUUUUCUUACUACUUAUUGUUAGCACUUUUUCUAUAAGCAAGUAUAUUGACACACUUCGUAUGCAAUACAAAACACUAUUAUUUCUUAAACUGUUAGUUCUUUUGGUAAUAAAAAUGAGUAUCACCUAUUUUG